GGGCCCUUCUUUGGUGGCCUCCGGCCUCGGGGGCACCCUAGCCCACUCAGCUCCUAGAGGCGCAGGCAGCAGCAGGCCAUGGCAGAGGACGGGCCGAAGCAGCCACAGCUCGACAUGCCCCUGGUCCUGGACAAGGACCUGACCAAGCAGUUGCGGCUGCGCGUGGAAAGCCUAAAGCAGCGAGGGGAGAAGCGCCAGGAUGGUGAGAAGCUGCUGCGGCCGGCCGAGUCCGUGUACCGCCUUGACUUCACCCAGCAGCAGAAGCUGCAUUUUGAGCGCUGGGAUGUCGUGCUGGACAAGCCAGGCAAGGUCACCAUCACAGGCACCUCCCAGAACUGGACGCCCGACCUCACCAACCUCAUGACCCGCCAGCUGCUGGAGCCUGCUGCUGUCUUCUGGCGCAAGGAGGACUCGGAUGCCAUGGACUGGAAUGGGGCUGAUGCCCAGGAGUUCGGGGAGCGCCUGUCUGAGCUGGCCAGGAUCCGCAAGGCCAUGUACUUCCUCAUCGCCUUCGGCGAGGGCAUUGGGCCUGAUGACCUCAAGGCUUCCGUGGUCUUCACCCAGCUCUGAGGGCAGCUGCUCAGUGCUGCCCCUCCUCUCGCCCCCCUGCCCUGUCCGCUGCCUGCGCCCCCUUCCCCCAGUGUGUGUUUGAGGACCUUCUUCUAGCUGUUGGCCUGUACUCAGCUUGGCCGGAACCCUCUGAGCCUGCGUCCUUCCCCAUCUCUUACGCUGGUGCUGGCGCUCCUGCUCACGGAGGACGUUGCAAAGGUGCCGUAGUCUAGAAGCUGAACUGCUUCUGCAGUAGACCAAUGAGGCUUUGUCAGGGCUGGGGUGGGGAGACAGAGGGGCCUUGGGCACCUGCCUUCUCUCUGCUUCAUCGCUGGGAGAGACACUGAGAGAGACAGAGACAGACACUGAGAGGGAGAGAUCCAAGAAUGAACACUGGGCUUCCUCUGGGCACAGGAGAUGAGGACGACGGGGCUGCCUCCUUGGGGAAUCUAGACAACAGGCAUUUGCUGCCUCCCUGGCCAUGGUGCCCUCUGCUGAGCCCAUGUUUGGAGGUGAACACCCAGCCUGAGGACCCAGGAAGAUGCUGCCUCUGGCACAGGCCUGGCAUUGCCACAUGACACUGUAGGGCCCUCCAGAUAUGGGGCCGAGCCGCUGUGGGGGCUGAUGUGGGCAGUGGGGAGAGGCUGGCACGCUGGAUGCUGUGCAAGCCAAUGGCUGCUCUUCUGGGAAUGCCUUCAGGAGUGGAGAAGUGAAGGGGGGGCAUAUAACAAAGUCACACAAAGAUAUGUCUAUUUAUGCAUAUACAUGUAUAUUGAAAGAGAGCAUGCUGUGUUCACAUGGACAUGUCUGUGCUGCCCUUUGAACAAGUCCCAUUUAGUUCAUUUACAGUCGCCCAGCUGGUUCACAGGUGGCCCUUAGCAGGGGUGUGGUCAGGAUAACCUUGGGGUUGGGCUUCCCGAGCUGGGAGACUUGAGGUUCACAAAGUGAAGCGGGGAACAGGGUAGUAAAGGGAUUUCCCUCUGCCUGGGAGAAGCUGCAUAGCGGGGUCCAGGGCACUGGAGCUGGCGUCAGUAGAUUCUCUGGAGCCUCAGGUGUCCCCUGCAGGGAAGUCAGGCUAUUUCCAGAUCCCUGGGCAGGGAGGGCAAGCGUUUCCUCUGCCCUGGCAUCUGACUGGCAUCUUUAAUGGAGCCGAGGGGAGUGGCUUGCAUGGUAGGCCUGGUGAUGGCUGAUGGUCAGAGGUGGGCUAAAGGUGGCAGUGUGGUUGAUAGUGAGACAGUAGCCUCAGAGGGAACUGGGUGCAACCCACGCACCAGACAGGGCGUCUGAGGCACAGUCAGCCACAGGCCCCUGAGCCUGGUCCCCUCCACACUCCACAUGCCCUUUGCAGAGGGGCCUGACCCGCCUGUCGUCAGCCGAGGGCCCCUCAGGCUGUGCCCCCAAACCCUGCCUCAAGGCCAGCCCUGUUUUUUUUUUGUCAGGACUGUGCCCAUGAUAUUUUCCUCAUGCAGCAGAACCAGCAGGGGACCACAGGACCCUGGGAACAGAGAACUGAGAGAUGGAGGGUCAGAGCGUCAUCAGUGGCUGGGGCUGCUGGGAGAGCAAGGCCCCACUUUAGAGGCCCGUGAGCAUGAGUGGGGUGCUGGGGUGGGACUUAGUGGGGAGACUGGCUGUACUGUGUACUCUGGUCCUUCCUAACUCACGGCUCUGGGGCCUCUUCUGGGUCAUGUGUCAAGUCCUGGUUGCUGCCUGCCUGCCUCACCGCCACCUCCUGGGGAAGGCCCUGCCCCAGCACAUCUGCCCCUUAUGGGUGAGAGUGCCUCUGCUGUGCCCACUGUGUGUCCCCAAUAAAGCCUGU